AUGGGCCGACAAAAGCAAACAACACCCCUCCAGCGGACUCCGUCUUCGCCGGUGAUGCAGAAUGAAGUAGAGGUACAAAUGGAGCAUGCAAACGGACAUUCAAAUGAGCCAGAUGUGCAAGCUAGUGCACCGGUCAAAACUGCGACUGCAGUGGUGGAAACUGUCGCUGAAACCCCGGGCUUGAUGCAACUACUCAUUUGCGUUCUGGGUAUAUACGCCGCAUUUCUGUCAUGGGGUGUUCUCCAGGAAGCUAUUACGACAACCAGUUACCCCGUCCGUCCUGCUAGUGCCGGUGAACCGCAACCUCCAACCGAGCGAUUCACUUACUCUCUGGUCCUGAAUACUAUCCAAUCGACAUUCGCUGCUAUAACUGGCUUCUUUUAUCUCUUCAUCUCGACGCCUCGAGGCCAGAGUGUUCCUGCCAUCUUUCCUACCCGCCAAAUCCUCUUCCCUCUGCUCCUCGUCAGCAUCUCCUCGUCUCUCGCCUCGCCCUUCGGCUACGCUAGUCUCGCGCAUAUCGACUACCUUACUUUCAUACUCGCAAAGUCAUGCAAGCUCCUCCCUGUUAUGCUUCUGCAUCUUACUAUUUUCCGCAAAAAGUAUCCACUGUACAAGUACGGUGUUGUGCUCCUGGUUACUCUCGGCGUAGCGACAUUUACUCUUCACCACCCUGGUACAAGUAAGAAGGUUGCUGCAGCCGCAGAGAAGGAUGGCUCGGGCUCUUCUAUAUGGGGUAUUUUCCUCCUAUCCAUCAACCUGCUUCUGGAUGGGUUGACCAACACAACUCAAGACCAUGUCUUUUCUUCUCCGAAGCUAUACACCCGCUUCACUGGACCCCAGAUGAUGGUUGCGCAGAAUGUGCUCUCAACUGCCUUGACUGCUGGAUACCUUCUGAUCAUGCCGCAUCUAUCCCAGAGUGGCCUUCUACACAACCUGCUUCCCUUCCCUAUUCCUCCAUCCAACGAAACGGAACUGUGGUCUGCCAUCUCAUUCCUUCAGCGUCACCCCGAGGCCCUUAAGAAUGUUCUUGGCUUUGCGGCUUGUGGUGCUGUCGGACAACUGUUUAUUUUCUAUACCCUGUCCCGCUUCUCAUCUCUUCUUCUGGUUACUGUCACCGUCACUCGUAAGAUGCUUACCAUGCUUCUUAGCGUGUUUUGGUUUGGCCACUCCCUGUCCGCAGGACAAUGGGUUGGUAUUUCCUUGGUCUUUGGUGGAAUUGGCGCUGAGGCUGUUGUACAAAGACAAGAGAAGAAGGCCAAGGAAAAGGCGAAGAGUGAAGCUGCGAAGAAGGCGCAAUAA